AUGUAUCUUGUACGAUGCCUCUUAAGAAUAUAAUCAAUUUGGUUUAUGACCAAAAAUUAUUCUCUUAGAUCUAGUGGAAAAUAUUCUUGAUGAAAUAAACUACACUUCUAAUAAGCAAAUUUCGUAUCUAGACUUGAUUUUUUCAAGCAGAAAAACAUUUAAAGAAAUUCAAUAUUUCAUGUGUCAUUUCUCAAAAUCAAAUCAAAUCACUAGAUAGUUGAGAACUGAUCAAGAAAUGAAAAUCUACAAUUUUAUGCUUCAAUUUCUUAUACUAUUGUAGAGACAUGAUUCCUAAUAUAUUUUUAAAAACUGUUCUAUCCUAUAUUAGUUUUUAAAAAAUCAAUGACAUAAAUAUAUAUUACAUAGAUGACCGAGUAACAUCAAAAUUAUCAACAACGCAUGAUGAGUCCUUGGGAAAUUUAAAACCAGAACUAAUAACAAAAAACACAUAUUAUGCUUUCUUUGAUCCACGUAUGCCUGAUUUAAAUUAUGAUUGCGAAAAUGUUCAAGAUGAAAUGUGUUGUAUUGGUCGUAAAUGGCUUGAAUUAGGUGUAGACGGAUUUCGUCUUGAUGCAGCAAAAUAUUUUUAUAAACCACCUCGUCUUAAAGCCAAUAUAGCUUGGUGGGCGAAAUUUCGCAAUGAAAUGUCUCGUAUUAAUCCUUCUGUAUAUUUAAUUGGUGAAGUAUGGGAUUUAUCAGCACGAAUAGCUCCAUAUCUUCAUUCACUUGAUUCGAUGUUUAAUUUUGAAUUAGCUGAUAUAAUCAUAUCUUGUAUAGUAUGUGAAGGUAAUGGUUCACUUAUGCUUAAAUCUUAUAUGAGAAUAUUAAAUACAUAUAUAAAAGAAAGUGAUAGAAAUGAAGUAAUUGAUGUUAUUUUUCUUUCCAAUCAUGAUCAAAAUCGAGUUAUGUCUGUAUUUAAUAAUGAUUUAUCAAAAGCUAAAAUGGCUGCUGCACUUCUUCUUACGUUACCUGGUCUUCCUUUUAUUUACUAUGGUGAAGAAAUUGGAAUGUUGGGUAUGAAACCCCAUGAUAAAUAUCGUCGAGAACCUUUUCUUUGGUCCUCAACUAAUUGUCCAGGACAAACAACAUGGCUUGAACCACGCUAUACAAAAAUUAGUAAUGGUUGUAUUCCACUUGAUAAACAACUUGAAGAUUCAAAUUCACUUUUUAAUCAUUAUAAAAAGUUAAUUCAUAUUCGCUGUCAAUCGGAUAUUUUGUGUUUUGGUUUACUAAGACCUAUUAUAACAAAAAUUCGCUGCUUAUGCCUUUUUGAACAAGAGUAUAAUAAUAAAUUCAUAUUUAUUGCACAUAACCUUGGAUCUCGAAAACAACGUAUUACAAUACCAGAAAACUAUCGGCAAAAUAAAGGAAAAAUAAUUUUUUCUACACAAAAUGAAAAUCAAAUUAUGAAUAAUGGUGAAUUUAAUUUAAAUGGAUAUUCAUCAAUUAUUGUUGAGUCUGAUUGA